CCCAUCACUGGGUCAAUUUUGGCGCGUUAAAAACCUAGGUAAACCUAAUUAUCAUCCCCUGAACAGGAGCAACUAUGCGUUGCUGUCAUUUCCGAGAUCAAAUCGGGAACCAUAAACCCUAAAUCCCCAAUCUUAGAAACCCUAAUUUAUUUAUCAAAUCCAAAAUUAAACCCUAAAGCUCUGAUAUUCUCCAAUGGCAUCUUCAGAGAUCGAGAUAGUUUCAUCAGAAUCCAAACAAAUCCCAAACGGCUCCGCGGUCAACGUGAUCGAUGUUUUCUCUGCUUCUGCUUACGGUGAUCUCGAUAAAUUACGCAAAUUUGUCGAAGAAGAUAAAGCUUCUCUCUCUAACCCUGACGGUAAUGGUUAUUACGCUCUUCAAUGGGCCUCUCUUAACAAUUUCCCCGACGUUGCCCAAUACAUAAUUGAGCACGGGGGAGAUGUAAAUCAAAGUGAUAAUGUGAGGCAAACAGCACUGCAUUGGGCGGCAGUUAGAGGUUCAAUUGCGGUGGCAGAUGUGCUUUUGCAGAAUGGAGGACGAGUGGAAGCAGCUGAUGUUAACGGGUAUCGGGCAGUUCAUGUAGCUGCUCAGUACGGACAAACAGGCUUUUUGAAUCACAUUGGAGCAAAAUAUGGUGCUGAUUUUGAUGCAGUUGAUAAUGAAGGGAGGAGCCCUCUUCAUUGGGCUGCUUAUAAGGGUUAUGCAGAUACAAUUAGACUACUUCUAUUUCGAGACGCAUACCAAGGGAGACAAGAUCGAGAAGGUUGUACCCCUUUACACUGGGCUGCAUUAAGGGGAAAUAUAGAGGCAUGCACUAUUCUUGUACAUGCUGGCACAAAGCAGGAACUUGCUGUGAAAGAUAAAGCUGGAUUUACUCCUGCUCAGAUUGCAUCUGAUAAAGGUCAUCGGCAUAUCGCCCUUUUCCUCUCAAAUGCACAGCGGGCGCAAAGCAACCGCUGGAAAGACAAAAUUCGUAGUGGGAAGAUGGGAGAUGUUGGUCUUGCUCCUAUCUUGUUGUCCAUUAUACUCAUUCUCAUCUUCCUCUUCAUCAACUCAGUUAUUGCAGCUCCAAACCUUCCAAAGGUAACUGCUGUUGUUGGAAUUUGGGGAUGGACUGCUCUUUCUCUAGCUUUUGUUUCGAUUAUUAUGUUCUACAGGUGCAGUAGUAAAGACCCGGGUUUUAUCAAAAGACUUGGAGACUUGAAUAAAGAUACUGAUUCAGAGGAUCCCUUGUUGAAUAUUGAUUUGAACAACUCCUCGGUAUGGACAGGGAAUUGGUCUCAGCUUUGCCCUACAUGCAAGAUAAUAAGACCUGUUCGCAGUAAGCACUGCCCUACGUGCAAACGCUGCGUAGAGCAGUUUGACCAUCAUUGCCCAUGGAUAUCUAAUUGUGUUGGCAAGAGGAACAAACGAGACUUUUUCAUCUUUAUAUGCUUGGCAACUUCAGCAUCAUUUCUUGCUGGCAUCAUCGCAGUUCAAAGGGUUUGGAAAGCUGCACAGUCAUUGCAUAUUGAAGAAAGUUGGAUUCGUUAUGUGGUAGUUCAUCAUCCUGGUGUUGUUGCAUUUUUGGUGUUGGACGUGAUUGUUUUUAUUGCUGCCACUACUUUAACAACAGCUCAGGCAUCUCAGAUAGCUCGGAAUAUCACAACCAAUGAACUUGCGAAUGCUAUUCGUUAUGGGUAUCUUCGUGGUCCAGAUGGGCGUUUCCGAAACCCCUAUAACCAUGGGUGCCGAAAGAACUGUGCAGAUUUCCUUGUUCAGGGUUACACAGAUGAUAAUGAGAUUGCUUGGCCACCAUUGCAGCAGGUUGCCAGUUAGCAGUAAUGCAAAGAUACGCAGCAGGGCCAGUUGAGACUGAUUAAGUGCUUUGCAAGCAUCUUAGUUUCCGAUGAUACUUGGUUAAACUAUCAUUGCAGAUAGCAAGAUCCUUGUUCAGCUGUAGCUGCCAUUCAUGUUAUAUAAAUUUGGUGAUAGAGAUGGAAGAAUGUACAUUCAAUGCCAUGAAUUCGAUAAGAAAUGAAAUACUGCCCCUUUUCUUUUUUA